UCGUGGCCGCCGUCCUCGCCUGCAGACUCUACCCAACGCCAUGGCCGGGGCUCUUGGAACCGGAGAGAUCCCUCAGCUCACACACUACCGCGAACCAUCGGACCGGAGCACACUCGCGGAUACACAACGUGCCCGGGCCUCCAUCUACAUCCCCAACGGCCUCGUUUCUCGCAUACACCAAGAGCCAGUGGACCUGAAGAGCCUCUCGGGUUUCUGGUGGAAACACGAGUCCCAACAGCUGCGCGAGGACCUUCUCUAUCCCAUACACAUCAAGCUCGGCCUGCUGGCGCUUCACCUCCUCACAGCCUUCAACUGCCGCAUAUACGGAGGCGCCCUGGUUUUCCUCGUCGGGGUCCUUGCCAAGGCGGACGCUAGCACCCUGCGCCUGUUGGCGCUCUUCAGCCUCGCGCGGGCCUUGUCCUAUGCCGCGCGCGUCUCGGUGAUCUGCUGCGUCGGCGGGCUCGGCGCCCUCAUUGGCGGUGUCGGGGCCGAGACGGCCCCGGCGCACCAGCCGGCUGUCCGUAUUGCGCUGGUGGGUUGGGUCUUGAUUUGGAACAUUAUCGAAAAGAUAUCGGCGACCAUGAAUCUUAUCCUGGUUGGCCGAGACUAG